GUCAAGGAAUGCCUGAAUGUGGCGUGUAACCCCGUUUUAGCACAUCUUCUCGGCAUGGAUCCUAGGGGUACAGCUCGGGUGCUUGUCAUCGCAGUUUUGGGAUGUUGUUUUGGGGAAGUGUACAGUUACGGAGAGGAGAGCAGCGAGUUCACGUUCCUGUUGCAAGCUGGGAAAUCGGAUUGUUUCUUCCAAAGGGCAAUACAGAAUGGUACGAUGGAGGUGGAAUAUCAGGUGAUAGGAGGUGCUGGCAUGGAUGUGGACUUCACCAUCCUCUCUCCAGAGGGCAUCGUCUUGGUUGCAGAGUCUCGGCGCUCUGAUGGACUUCACAUGGUGGAGCCCACAGUGAAGGGAGACUAUCAAAUCUGCUUUGACAACAGCUUCAGCCACUUCUCGGAGAAGAUAGUGUUCUUUGAGCUCUACGUGGAGGGUCAAGGAGGAGACGUGGGUGGUGAUGAGGAGUGGGGCGGAGUAGAGGAGCUGGAUGAAAACAUGCUGGAGUACAAGUUGCAGGACAUGCGGGAAUACAUGGAUUCUAUGCACAAACGACUGGAGCGUGGCCGGCAAAUGCAGACGGUGCUGCGAGCCUUUGAGGCACGGGAUCGAAACCUCCUGGAAGACAACCUCUGGAGGGUCUCGUUUUGGUCGUGUGCCAGUCUACUAGUGAUGCUGUGCGUGGCUUUCACCCAGGUCUACACUGUACGCAAACUGUUUGACGAUAAGCGGAAGGUGUGCACAUGAAAGGGUCUUUCUCCAGUGAGACAACACGUGCAGGGAAUCCAGCUGUUCAGAUGUGGAGAUAUUGAUAUUUAAUUUAAAAUGAAUCCAGCUGUCUGAGCAAUUAACCCACAGUUUGCAAUGAAGAACAUUUUCCCAGUUAGUGGCCUUUUCUUUCCUUUAGUGCCUUUUUAGUGUUGAAUCUUACUGAUGCAUUUUAAAAGGCACUGCAGGGCAUUUUGCAGUUAAAAAAAUUGAGUGUGGUUGUAUGAUCUAGUUUGUAAAGGCGAAAGGUCAGUGAAUCACUCAGUUCUUCCAGUUUACAAGGGAAAACGAUGUGCAAUAGUAGUGAUGCAUUUGUUCCUCAUUGCCGUGCUAAGUUUAAUUGUAUGAUUGUUUUCUGUAAACAAACGAUUAUUCCUAGUUUGUGUGUACAUGUGCCAGCACUGUAAUGCAUUUCGUCAGAUGCGCCACACAAUGUCAUUGCAAGCACAAUAAUCAUGUGCCCAUGGUGUUUGAUGCUGUUUAAUGUGAGUUAUUUUUUUUCUCUAUUGUGUUUCUUUUUAAUGAGUGGUUUUCCUUGUCGAAACAAAAAAAAGUACUGCCAUAGUGAAAUUAAAAGUAAAGUUUUCAUGGGAGGCAUGGCGUUGGUUUUAAUAAAUAU